AAGUGGUCAACUUGACCGACAGUUGGGCAGUCGAGAAGGGCAGAAAGGACAGCGCUGGUGGGUGGAUGGGGCAGAGAUAUUAGUCCUCUUCUUCCUGGGUGUGAGUGAGGAGGCGGACGGGGAUCCCGAGAGGCAAGGAGGACAGAGAAGGAAAAGGAGAGUGCUUUUCGGUCAAUUGCCACCUCCUGCCUUCAAACUCGGCGAGUUUUCCUUGCGGCAAGCACGCUGGGGUCGGGGCGCGCGAGUGCGCGCCUUAGCCGCCCGCGUGCAGCCAGGUGGGUAGCCCCAGCACCGGAGGAAGGGGAAGUUACCUUCCCCUCGGAAGAGGGCGCUGGCUCCCCCAUCCUGCCUUUAUAUUAAGGCCGCGGGAGGAGAGGAAGCAGCCAGCUGCCGUCUGCGCUUUGCAAAGCAUGCAGUUAGGGGAGCAGCUCUUGGUGAGCACGGUGAACCUGCCCGGCGCUCACUUCUACCCGCUAGAGAGCGCGAGAGGCGGAGGCAGCGGGAGCGCAGGCCACCUCCCUGGCGCGGCCCCCUCGCCUCAGAGGCUGGACUUAGACAAAGCGCCCAAGAAGUUCCCUGGCAGCCUCUCGUGCGAGACUGGGAGCGGGGAGCCCACAGCAGCCAGCGCGGGGGCCCCCGCGGCCAUGCUCAGUGACGCCGACGCCGGGGACGCCUUCGCCAGCGCCGCGGCAGUGGCCAAGCCCGGGCCCCCGGACGGCCGCAAGGGCUCCCCCUGCGGGGAGGAAGAGCUGCCCUCUGCCGCCGCCGCCGCCGCCGCCGCCGCCGCGGCCGCCGCCGCCGCCGCCACCGCGCGCUACUCCAUGGACAGCCUGAGCUCGGAGCGCUACUACCUCCAGUCCCCCGGGCCUCAGGGCUCCGAACUGGCCGCGCCCUGCUCGCUCUUCCCCUACCAGGCGGCGGCCGGGGCGCCACACGGAUCUGUGUACCCUGCUCCCAACGGGGCGCGCUACCCCUACGGCUCCAUGCUGCCCCCCGGCGGCUUCCCCGCGGCUGUGUGCCCACCUGGGAGGGCGCAGUUCGGCCCGGGAGCCGGCGCGAGUAGUGGCGCGGGCGGCGGCGGCGGCGGCGGCGGUGGCGGCGGCGGGGCAGGCGGCCCGGGCGCCUAUCAGUACAGCCAGGGGGCUCCGCUCUAUGGGCCGUACCCUGGGGCGGCAGCUGCGGGUUCCUGCGGAGGACUGGGGGGGUUGGGGGUUCCUGGUUCCGGCUUCCGUGCCCACGUCUACCUGUGCAACCGGCCUCUGUGGCUCAAGUUCCACCGCCACCAAACCGAGAUGAUCAUUACGAAACAGGGCAGGCGCAUGUUUCCUUUCUUGAGCUUCAACAUAAACGGACUCAAUCCCACUGCCCACUACAACGUGUUCGUAGAGGUGGUGCUGGCGGACCCCAAUCACUGGCGAUUCCAGGGGGGCAAGUGGGUGACCUGUGGCAAAGCGGACAAUAACAUGCAGGGCAACAAAAUGUAUGUUCACCCAGAGUCUCCUAAUACUGGUUCCCACUGGAUGAGACAGGAGAUUUCUUUUGGGAAAUUAAAACUCACCAAUAACAAAGGCGCAAACAACAACAACACCCAGAUGAUAGUCUUACAGUCUUUACACAAGUACCAACCCCGGCUGCACAUUGUUGAAGUUACAGAGGAUGGUGUGGAGGACUUGAAUGAGCCCUCAAAGACUCAGACCUUUACCUUCUCGGAAACACAGUUCAUUGCAGUGACUGCCUACCAGAACACUGACAUAACUCAACUAAAGAUUGACCAUAACCCCUUUGCAAAAGGCUUCAGGGACAACUAUGAUUCCAUGUACACCGCUUCCGAAAAUGACAGGUUAACUCCAUCUCCCACGGAUUCUCCUAGAUCCCAUCAGAUUGUCCCUGGAGGUCGGUACGGCGUUCAGUCCUUCUUCCCGGAGCCCUUUGUCAACACUUUACCUCAAGCCCGGUAUUAUAAUGGCGAGAGAACCGUGCCACAGACCAACGGCCUCCUUUCACCCCAACAGAGCGAAGAGGUGGCCAACCCUCCCCAGCGGUGGCUUGUCACGCCUGUCCAGCAACCUGGGACCAACAAACUAGACAUCGGUUCCUAUGAGUCUGAAUAUACUUCCAGCACCUUGCUCCCAUAUGGUAUUAAAUCCUUGCCCCUCCAGACGUCCCACGCCCUGGGGUAUUACCCUGACCCAACCUUCCCUGCCAUGGCAGGGUGGGGAGGUCGAGGUUCUUAUCAGAGGAAGAUGGCCGCUGGACUCCCAUGGACCUCCAGAACCAGCCCCCCUGUGUUCUCCGAAGAUCAGCUCUCCAAGGAAAAAGUCAAAGAAGAAAUUAGCUCUUCCUGGAUAGAGACACCCCCUUCCAUCAAGUCUCUCGAUUCCAAUGAUUCUGGGGUAUACACCAGUGCUUGUAAGCGAAGGCGGCUGUCUCCUAGCACCUCUAGCAAUGAAAAUUCUCCCUCCAUAAAGUGUGAGGACAUUAACGCCGAAGAGUACAGCAAAGACACCUCAAAAGGCAUGGGGGGGUAUUAUGCUUUUUACACCACUCCCUAAAGAGUUACUUCAACUUCGUAAAAAUGAGCUAACUCUUUGCAGAUGGACUUGGUGGUGUUUUUUGUUGUCUUCUUUGCCUAGGUUUGCCAAAAAGACGUUUGCAUUCCACCAUGAUGCAUCCUGUUUUGUGCAAUCCUCUAAAAGAAGGUGCCAAAGCUUUUUGAUUGCUGCAGGUAACUGAAACAAGCCUGGCAAUUUUUUGUUUCUUUUUUAAAUGAAAUUAAGGAAGGACUUUAAAGUGUUUUAAAAUUCCAAGGUUAUUUGAGGUUCUGGAUCUAUUUAUUGGAGGCACUAAACAUUCAGAGAAUCGGGCUGCGAAGAUUGAGUGCUGAGCGCUAUCCGAUGAGUUGAAAGCCUCGGUUCUCAUUUCUAUUUGUGAAUCUGUAAGCAAAGAGAAUCCCAGAGUGGUAAGAUGUUUUGCUUCUGGAAGAAAAGGGCUGGGCCUUAAGCUUCAACAAGGGACUUUUUGCUGUUACUUUCUGCUGGGGACAAAAGAUGCUAGGCCUAGGAGGUGAGAAAAACUUUCCUGAAGGUGCUGGUUUUACCUGACUUGGAUUCCUCCUAGGCUUUGGAAACAAGCCAUGUUUGCCCUAGUUCAGGAUCGCCUCACUUGCCAGGCCUCUGCUGCGUGCCGGGGUGGCCAGUAGGACUCAGGAGAGGGCAGGCAAGAGGGAGUCGCCAAAAAAGAAAAAAAAGAGAGAAUUUUAAAGUGUACAAUUUUGUGUGUGCUUAGAUACACCGUAGAAUAAUGUGGGAUAUAUUGUACAAAUAGUCUACAUACGUGUCUGAGAUUAUGUAACGUUGGUGCUUUGGCUUUGUAAAGAAUUUCCAGAUCACCUGACAACAGUUGCAGGGGCAGGGGGAUUGGUUCUCUCAUCAUCCCUGAUGUUUGGGAAUAUUCUGUUUACUUCUUAGAUAGUUAAGAAUGUAUCCAGCUACUCUGUACUAACUUGAAACGUGUUUAAGGAAAACUAUUUCACCCUCUUGCCAUCCCCCUACCCAACUCGGUAAUGUGAAGAAACUAAAACCUGAUGCCACAGCUCCUAUAGGCUUUUUAGAGAUCUUGGAUUUUUAUGUACAGUCUUAGUCAUUUUUAAUAAAUGUGGUUCAUUAAGGGAA